UUCAGGUUAAGAAGCUGAGGGGAUCGUUUUUUGCAGGAGUGAUUUUGGAGUUUGGUGUGCCUCAGAGCAGGGACCGACCUCAGCCAGCCCCAGCACCUUCAGUUCACGCCCUCAGACCCUGGAGCAGCUGUGCUUCUUGCUGUGGGAGGAGUGACUGCAGCUUGCAAUCAGCACGCUCCAGAGGAGCACCGAGUGUUUGCGUUGCCUGAGCUGUGACUCCAGCACUGCCUUCCUGAAGGGUACCUGAAGGAAGGGGAAUACAUCUCUAACCCGGAGCAGGAGGGAAGGGAGUACAAAAACAGAGAGAUGUCUUCAUCAGUUCAGCUCUUCAGAGAUCAGACAUACCACAAGCUGAAAGGGCAGUGUAUUCAGCAGAGACAGCUCUUCGAAGACCCCGAGUUUCCAGCCUCAGAUGAGUCCCUUUUCUACCAGAGAGCUCCACCAAAGAAAGUUGAAUGGAAGCGCCCAAAGGAUCUCUGUGAAGACCCCCACCUGUUUGUGAAUGGAAUCAGCUCCCAUGACUUGCACCAAGGCAGCUUGGGGAACUGCUGGUUUGUGGCUGCAUGCUCCUGCUUAGCUCUGAGGAAGCCCCUCUGGCAACAGGUGAUUCCAGACUUUGAAGAACAAGAAUGGGACUCUGAAAAGCCAGAGAAAUACGCUGGGAUUUUCCGUUUCCGUUUCUGGUGCUUUGGCAAAUGGACAGAGGUGGUGGUUGAUGAUCUGCUGCCAACAAUAGAUGGGAAGUUGAUCUACUGCCAUUCCAAUGUGAAAAAUGAAUUCUGGAGCGCGUUAUUGGAGAAAGCUUAUGCAAAGCUGGCUGGAUCUUAUGAAGCCCUGGAUGGAGGCAGUGCUGCAGAUGCAAUUGUGGAUUUCACUGGAGCAGUGGCAGAAUCUAUUGACUUGGUACAGGGCAAAUACAGUGAGAUUAUUUCUGAGCAGAUGAAGCUGUUUGAAGACUUGCUGAAAGUGCAUAAAAGAGGCGGGUUGAUCAGCUGUUUCAUCACGGCUUCCUCUGGCAGUGCCAAUGAGGUGGAGACAGCAAUGGGUCUCAUCAUUGGUCAUGCCUACUCAGUGACUGCAAUUCGGAAGCUGCACCUUGGAGAAAGGCUCACAUUCUCUUUUAAGGCAGAAAAGCUCUUCAUGAUCAGGCUGAGGAAUCCCUGGGGGAACAGAGAGUGGAAUGGCGCCUGGAGUGACAACUCUGAAGAAUGGAAGAAAGUCAGCAAUGCAGAACGUAAGAGCUUGGGACUCACUGUUGAGAAUGAUGGGGAGUUCUGGAUGACGUUUGAGGACUGGUGUAAGAAUUUCACUGAUGUGGACAUCUGCCGAAUUGUGAAUACUUCCUACUUUAGUAUCCACAAGACCUGGGAGAAGAAAAUGAUGCACGGGGCUUGGGCAAAGAAUUCAGAGCCCCUGCUAAAUCGCUGUGGUGGAUGCUUUGAUAACAAGACCUUCCUUCAGAAUCCCCAGUACAUCUUUGAUGUUAAGAAGACGGAGGACAAACUGUUGGUCUCAUUACAACAGGAGGAUCGGCGCAGGUACAAGAAAGAAGGGAAAGGAGAAAACAUCAUAAUUGGCUUUGAAAUAUUCAAGGUAGAGGAUAACAGAAGCUAUCGACUACACAAGCUGACCGUGCAGGAGAGAGUGGCCACAUCUCCAUAUAUCAACACACGCACCGUGUUCUUGAAAAGGAUCCUUAAGCAAGGCCGCUACGUCCUUAUCCCAACUACAUAUCUUCCUGGCAUCACUACCAAGUUUAUCCUGAGACUCUUCACAGAUGUGCCGUCAAAACUCAGAGAGCUGACAGCAGAUAAACCUAAAAUGACAUGUUGGAGUCUUCUUUGUGGCUAUCCACGGAGAAUCACCCAAAUCAAAAUUCACUCUGCAGAAGGUUUACAGAAGCAAGAUAGAUCAGGUGGAGCAGAUCCCUAUGUGCUUAUCAAGUGUGAGAACCAAAAAGUGCGGUCCCCUGUACAGCACGAUACUACCAGUGCUGUCUUCAACACACAAGUGAUUUUCUACAGGAAGAACAUUGACAGUCCCAUCAUUGUCCAGGUGUGGAACAGCAACAUCUUGUGUGACCAGUUCCUUGGACAGGCGCUGCUGGCAGCUUCACCCAGUGACCCCAGAGAAGACCAGACUCUGCAUCUCCGAGGGAGAGGCAGCCAAGAAGCCGACGAGGUGCCAGGUCACAUCACCGUCAAGGUUUUUUCCAGCGAUGACCUCGUAGAGCUAUGAAUACCAGAGCCCUGCAGAACCAGACAGAGCUGUCACCUCACAGCAGGGGGGCUUGUCUGUGCUUUCUGUGUGAAUGACUUGGAAGCAAAGGUCGCACAUAAUCACAGUCGCUUUAAAAAGAAAUAGCCCUCUAAAACUCUCCAUUAUCACAGGUAAUGGGGAGAGAGGCUUUUAAAGGGAAAAAAAUAUAUUUACGCAUAUACAUAUAUAUGUUCAUGAUACAGCAAACACAAUAAAAGAGGGGCCAAACUAACUGUCAGCAGAUGAGCUCAUUAAGACAUGAGCUCACAACCAUCUUUCCCAACAGCAUCCUUCAGGAGCUUGUGACAUGUAAGCUGGAAGCACACGUGAUGGUUCCCACAGGUUCCCAGCACGUCACUAUCUGCUCUCAGCAGAGGGACUGGAGGCAGGAUGGCUGCAUCUCCGUGGCCAUGUGCCAGCAGGUUGGUGUGCUUUGAACACAAGGUUGACUCGCAUGGCUCAGUCCUUGUUCACUGCCAGACUCCUCCUGGGAGGGGGAUUUUUUUUGAGCUUUGAUUGGAAAUUUUUCCCCUUUAUAGAGAGAGAUUUUUUUUUGAUAAAUUUCACUGUUAUUGCUACAGAUCAGAUAUUUCUGUUUCUUGGCUAAAAUGUCAUUACUCAAGGAGUUCUGGCAUUAGGUCUUAAGACCAGGCAUGCCACGGCAACAUUAAAAUAGAGGGGCAUGUCUCGCAGUGAUAUGUUUGUCUGCAUAGAGGCUCUCUUAAUAUUCUCUACCCCAAGCUGGCGACUCACGAAUUGAUAUAUUUAAUCAAGAGAAGGGCAUUUCACAAUUCAGCUGUGGCUUUGCCCAGAGGACGAAUUCAGUAAUGGGAGCCCCCUUGCUAAGGAGGCUGUGUUUAAUCCACACAAUGCUAAAAUGGAAUAACGCUCCUUUUGCCUCAUUAGAUGUGAUGAGUAGCACCAGAUACAAAGAGGGCAAAAUUAGCUCAUGACAAGGAUGGGUGUGUCAAACAAAGAUGCCAUGCUGUGGCAGAUAUUAGUUUUUCUCUCUUGAAAUUUUGCAUAGGUUUAUUGCUAAUAGAGCUGGCAUCUUUGAUAAAGCUUAACUUGCAUAUGAUGGAGGACAGGUAUUGUUCAGAUUUUCUUCAAAGCAUGGUUUGGGUACAAACUUCCUUUUAACUUUUGCAUAUAGCCUGGCAGUAGGGUUUCUUCAGGGCAGCUGUUUCUGUGCUGUCAGGCUGUGCAGUGAUUGUGGCGGUAUAAAGAGGCUCACUGUGUCAGACCUCUCAGAAAUGGAUUUUAUAUGGUUGCAAAUUUUGGUCUUGAAAGUGAAGCUGACUAUUCUGCCUUUUGUACAGCCAGGGAACUUGGAUUUCUCUAUACCUCAUAACCACUUCAGUCAUUUUGUGCCAUUUUUAUAAAUUAUAAAAUGCCGCCCAGUAGAGUUAAUGUUUUCACAGAAGGUUUUGAAGUCUCCUCAGGGCUCCAAAAGGAUCAUUGCUGUGGGAGGAAAAUGAUUUGUCUGACAUGUUUGGGCUGGAAUGUAAGGCUAUGAAUGAUAUAAUACCACCAUCAGCUUAGUUGCAUGUACCAAGUACCUAAUUCCAGCUCUCUUUUUAAAUAGCUUGGGCUCAAGCCAUUUUGCACUCAGAGCAUUUGUCAGCUGGGAACUACACGUGGUUGGCAGCCCCGCAGGCAAGUGUAAUUCUCUGUAAACUCCUGGCUUUAGAGUUGCUUACUCUCAGAUACGAUUGUAAAGUGCAUUUCUUUAAAAAAAAAAAGCAUGAAGUUUCUCACACAGACCAGGCCUCGAGCAAGACACACAGGGAGCUGCAACUCAGUCUGGCUGUCCUACCGCCGCAUUACGACCUGUUUACCUCACGUUUCCUCACACAAUUUUAUUCCGUGGUAACUCUUCCUCUGGGCAGCGUGGUGUGAGGGGUGACUGCAGCCCAUCAGACACACCUUGCACCAGGACAGCAGAGCUGUUGCGGGCCUCACCUUGCUGUGGUGUUCAGAAGGGUUCAAGCCCCAUGCAGUGAAUCAUAGGGCAGCAGGGUGAGCAGGAGAGCACGCUAAGGCAGAGCAGAAUUGAUCAUGCUGUAUAAUCCCCUUUUCAGACAGACGUUUUUCUAGGGAGAGUUCCUUAUGAGAUGGGUGCAGUAAGGAGGCUUGACAAGCUGAUUGAUUUGGGUCAGUGUUCAGCCUGAAGAAGGUUCCUGUCAAAGCCAGUACCCAGCAUGGCCAGGCUGCUUACCCCUCUGUGAAACAACUCAGCCUGCAGUCAGCCAGAGGCUUAUGCCUCCCUGCUGCAGUAGGGAGUCUCUGAGAGAGACUGCUUGCCUGAGCUCAUUGAGGGCACAAAGCCAUCUCACCUCCUAGCUCGAGGGGGAUCGCUUGGCUGUUUGUUGCAAGACCCAUAGCUCUGGUCUCUGGCUUCCAGCACCACCACCCUGUCCCAACAUCUGUGUGAGAGCUGUCCCCAGCAUCAGUGAGACAGAGCCUGACCAGCAAUUCUUUGUUGUGUAUGGCUGAUGACAAGGCAGGAAGUCACGGUGCAGUGAGUAGAGGUGGAUAUUUUUAGACCUUGAUAAUUAUGUCAGCUCAAGACAUCCCUGUAGCACAGGAGCAGAGGACCUUACAACACCACUGCUGCUCAGGCUGGAAAAAGAGCUUUGUUAACUUGGCUUUGCCUGAAGGUAGCGCAGUCCCAGACUUGUAGCUGUGGAUCGCCUGAGCAACGCUGAGACCAAGAUUUUCUGUACUUCUACAUUUAUUAAUGUUUGGAAGUAGUUGGAGCAGGCAGGAUUUGCCCGUCAGCAGGAGCUGAUCCACUUUGGGCACUGGCAUUGUUGAUUUCCAGAGGCAUCUACUGCUCCCUUUCCCCCAGCAUGUGGGAGAUGGCAGCAAUCCCGAGAGGCCAGGCCAGGAGCAGGUUGAAAGGGGAGCUGCUGCUGGGCAGGGGCCAGCACCCACUGCUCUAGGGGCUCCUUCUCUGGCUCUAGGGGCUCCUUCUCCUGUACAUGGUAGGUAAGCGAGGUAUGUUUGAGAUAAGAGAAUUGCUUUUUCAGACAGAUAGGGGAAUAUAAGAUCAAAUGUUACCAGAGUUGGGUAGUAUUUUUCAGUGGGAAAAUGAAGGUGUUUGCUUUUGUGGUGGCUGCAUUUUAUACACUUGGGCUACCUUCAGCAGAGGGUUUUGCCCCCCUGCCUCCCCCUCAGUUAAAACGGAGGGAAAUAUAGUCUGAAAAUGUUUCAUUUCAACCUUUAUUUUUCAAUAUGAAGAGAUUUAAAUAAAAGGUU